UUUUUUUCUUCUUCACUUUUACUCUUCCCACGCUUUCCGUUCCAUUCCUCCAUUUUUUGUCCUUUUUUAGUUCACGUAAUCUCCAUUUUAUUUUUUUCGAUCUCUCCAAUUUUUUUACCUUUUUUGGUAAAAGGUUUCCCCCAAAUAAUUAGCACAAUUCUCUCUCUUCUCUUCUUGACGUUCUUUUACAUAUUUCCUCAUUCGACAAUCAGCCCACCCAUUCAAUUAAUUAUCUUUAAUAUUUUUCUUUUACUUUCAUUCAAAAUAAAAUGGCUUUAUAUGUAAAUGUCAUUUUUAAUAGUAUAGGAAUAAUUUGGAAAUAUUUAAAGAGAUAUUUUUAUAUAGUCAAAAAUAAAUUCUUCUCAUUAUUUAUCAACUCUUCUUUAUAUGUAUUCUAGAAUUUUGUUUUUUUUUAUUUCGGGAUUAAUCUGAUAUUUAUCAUCAGAGCGAGUUUUUUCGGGCCGAAAAAACCGAGAAUAUGCACCUAAAUAGGUUCCUAAAACAUAAAAAUAUCUUAAUUUCUGUUAAUUAUUAUUUGACGAUUUUAUUUAAUUUUAAUAAAACUAUUUUCCCUGUUUUUCCAAAAAAUAAAUGUAAAAUAUUUAAACAGUUCCACUGUUCCACAGUUACUUUUUUGUAUACCUAUUUCCAUAUAUACACCUAUUUACAAAUUAUUUAAUCAUUUCCCUCUUUUAUUUGGUCACACUUUAUUUUGCGCUUCCGAGCAGCUGAUCAUUGAGAAUCUG